ACGAACAGUGCCCCUCUCGACGACCAUUACUCGUCAACGUGGUCUUCUCGAACGACCCUCAACCGAUACUCCGGAAAUAUACAAGCAUCGGCAUCUCUGCUUCGUUCGACAUACAACACUGUUCAUCAGGCCGCUUCUCUUUGUCUUAUGUCUCUUAUGUUGUCUAUCAGCCCAGGCUUGUAUGAGACGAUCAUGACAAAGCAAAGUCUUAACUCGUGUAUUCUGAGCUGAUAUCUCAAAAGACGACAGUUCUUAUCGAGCGCGCUCCACCGAUUCGCCGGCUUCUUGAGCCUAUAGUGCUCUCGUGUUAUCUAGAGGCUCCUUUCGACCACAUCAUAUCCAUCCUCAGACCUGAAUAUGACCGCCUCUGGAGCAUCAUACACCAUCUCCGGCAGCCUGACCCCGGCUCAGAUCGCCGCAGUCAGGCAAGCGGCGGCAGAAGUGCUUCCUCAGUGCCGCGAUUUCCUAGCUUCGCUGGUGCGCAUCGAUACCACCAACCCUCCAGGGAGGAACUACCUCGAGUGCGCGCAGCUCAUCGGCCACACCCUCGCCUCGCUCGGAUACGCGGUGGAGUACGUCGAGGUCCCCGCGGAACAGCUCCCGGCCCUCGCGCCCGCUGGCGAGGGUCUGCCGCGUACGAACGUGAUCGGACGUCUGCGCGGGACAGAGGGGCGCAAGACACUGCACGCGAACGGCCAUUUUGACGUUGUGCCCAUUGGCACCGUCGAGGACUGGCGAUACCCGCCGUUCGGUGCCGAGGUUCAUGGGGGUCGCAUGUAUGGCCGUGGUACGUCCGAUAUGAAGGGCGGCAUUGCUGCGCAGAUAUUUGCCGUAGAGGCGAUCAAGAGGGCUGGUCUGAAGCUGAAGGGGAACAUAGAACAGUCUGGCGUUGUCGAUGAAGAAACGACUGGCGUGCGGAAUGCUGGCAUGGGGUUCCUCGUGGACAACGGGUACAUCAAGGCGGACGAGAUCGACGCGAUCGUGAUCACAGAGCCCCUGAACACGACCAACGUCUGCUGUGGCCACCGCGGCACGAUCUGGGGAACCGUGACCUUCCGCGGCCGCCUCUCGCACGGCUCUAUGCCCGGGCUCGGCGUGAACGCGCUGCACCACGCCUGCGCGUUCGUGCAGCUCGCGACGAGCACGCUCUGCCCGCGGCUUGCGGACCGGCGCGACGAGCGCGUGAUCCCGCCCGAGGCGCGCAUGGCGUCGCUCGCGUUCACGCAGCUCCGCGCGGGCGACAACAUCAACACCGUGCCGAGCGUCGCGGCCGUGUCGUUCGACCGCCGGCUCGUCCCCGGGGAGACGCUCGCGGACGCGCGCAGGGAGAUCGCGGACGUCCUCGCGGCGCUGAAGGCGACGCCCGGGUUCGAGGACCUCAGGUACGAGUACGCGGAGAACUACGCGACGGAGGCGACGUGGGUCGACCCGGAGCAGCCGAUCGCGGCGGUGUUCCGGGACGCGAUUCAGGUCGUGACGGGCCAGGAGGCGGGCAUCGUCAGCUCGCCGGGGAGCGACGACCAGCGCUUCCCCGUGCACUCGCUCAGCCCGCCGCUGAACGCGACCAUCGUCUACGGCCCGGGCUACAUCUCCGAGGCGCACGUCGCCAACGAGAGCAUCGACAUCGCGGGCGAGCUCCAGGUCGGGCUCGAGGUCAUGGCACUCGCGUUCGCCGCGUUUCUCGGCGUUGACGCCGCUUAG